UCCAUGGGGAAGAGGGUUGCAUCACUUUCUGAGUCGGAAUUGAAGCGUUUAAAUAACAAAAAAGAACAGAAAUGUAUUUUAAAAGAACGCAGACAUCAGAGGCACUCCGUACUUAGCGAGCACCGUCCCGGGGAAGUGUACCCCCGUACAGCGAAUCUCCACAGGUUGGCUGUGACCCGGGCUCUCUGCACUGUCCCACCCUGCGCUGUGGUGUCAGCGGAGCUGGCUGAGUGCGAGAACGGAAUUAAUAGGAAUUCUCUCUGCGGAUCCGAAUAUCAGCGCUGAAAGACACGGUGCUACUCUAACCCUGAUAAAAUACAGCCUCCACCGAGGCACCGGCACUGUCACUUCCUCAUCCCACCCUCGUCCUCUGCCAAGCCUGACCCUCCCUCCGCAACACCUUGGAAUCCUCAAGCUGACCGCAUUAACUCCGGGGCCUGAGCGCUGCUGGAAUCGCGGAUUUUCCCGUCGCUGCUGCGGGACUCUCCCGCUUUCAGAUUCCUUACUUCAGAGCGGAGACCGCUCUCUCCCGACAGGCUCCCAAAUAUCCCGGUCAUUUCACUUUUCGAAUGUCACCCGUUUUCGGAUUUUCACAUAUAAAAUCCGGCAGCAUGGCAGAGAGAGCUCAGAACACGAUCCCCAGACACGGGUCUCGGCAGCACCGGCGUCCGCUCCCGGAUCACAAGCCGUGGCAUUUCCAUAUCGAGAGUUCCAUUCGGCGAACAAGACCCGUUUUCGGAGCUGAUUCUGGUCUCAGAUCGGUGCUUUAUUCAGUGUCGGGUGAAGAUGGCAUUGGGCCGUGUUUGGAGAGUUUGCAGUGUGUGGCUGUUGUUGACCGUGACCCCGACCCUGGGCUGUGAGAGGUUACAGUUACUGCAAGUUCUCAACAGAGAGACUCUGGGCGAGCUGAAUGAAAUGGGUGGCCGCCUCCCUCGACACUGUGCGACUGAGAGGCUGUCGUUGAAAACCAAGCCCUUGGAGCUGGUGAAACUUUCGGCGGAGGUUCCUGCCCAGGACUGGAUCUGGAUCAUCCAUCAGACCCUGCAUCACCUUCGCAGGAUCUACAGUAUGAACCUGAGCUCAGACAGACGGGUGGAAGACUUCAAGAUUCACUUGGAUCGGCAGCUCAAAGCACUGGACGUUUGUGUCCGGAAACCAGGCUCAGAGUCCAGAUCAAGGAAGAAUGCUGCAAUUCUUAAAUAUUUUCACGUACUGAGAGAGUUUCUGAAACAGAAGCGAUUCAGUGACUGUGCCUGGGAAAAAACCCACGAUGAGACCAGGAGACAUUUACAACAACUCCGUUUCGUUAUGGCAAAAGUCGGUAAAGUUCACCGAAGACUUUCCAGAGAUAAUAUCAAAGAAGGCGAAGAUUGGUGACUAUUUAAUUAAAACAUUUUAUGUGUAAAAGGAUAUCCAAAUGGACUAAUAUUACAUUUUGGAAGGAAAAUAAAACAAAUUCCAGGGCUAUUUAUGAAAACAGAAGAUGAUGGAAAUACUGAAUCUGCGUGCAGAGGAAACCUGAGUUUAUGUAUCGGACCAAAUAAAAUACUGUCUUAAAUGCUCAUCAAUAUGAGCAUUUCUUUACGCUAAAGAUAACCGUUAUUUGUCAAACAUAACAUCGAAACGUACUUUGAAACGCGUUGUUUGCAUCAGCGAAAAACGCUGGGGGAGUCCGGAGGUGUCGCCGGCGGCAAAAUAGCAUUCUCACCACUUACUACUCGUUUGUCUUCGGAACGUAUAUGGAAGGAAACAGGAGUACUCAGAGAAAAUCCACACGAUCAUGGGGCGAACAUACAAACUCCUUAGAGAGAGCGGUGGAAACGGAACCCCAAUCGCUGGUGCUAAAUGCUAAGCCUAUGCAACCUUAACUAUUGUUCACGCCCAUUCGCCACUACGUGAUAUGUAGAAUACGGUCAGUAAUUUUCUAUUCUCCUCUGCCCUUGUGUGUUAUGUUGAAUGUUAAGGCAAUUUUCAUCUGGUGAGUGAUGGAGAAUAGAGAAUGUCUGGAUCUAUCUUGAUAUUUAUGCACUGAUAUAUUUAUUGAUGUAUUUAUUUGAUCUACUGUGAUGAGAUUUGAAUUUGGUGAAUGGCCCUGUUUCUGUUCCCAGUGUAACCGAUUGACAGUUACUGCAAUGCAAGGUUCCAUUUCCGGAGAAGCUGCUCUGCGGGCAGCAUUUCACUCUCACUGCCUUUCUUGAGCUUGUUUCGUUGCGGUUGCCAGUAAUUACUUCGGUUCCAGUUAUUUUUGAACUAAUCCAAUAUAGUUCUCAUAUAAAAUGAACUCCGCAGCAAUUCAUUUUCCAUAGUUUUGCAUAAAAUAAGAAUCAUAAUUUUUUGAGCUUGCUUUUGUAGUAUCACUGAGCUCUGUUAACUUUGUUUUAAAGCAAUAGGGUUCAGUAUUACCACAAAAAGAAUUUUCUUGCCGUGUGUGCUAGCAGGCUAAUGAUGCUCGACCUCUUUCCUGAUCAUCAAUCAUGAUUACUUACUUCUGUAGCUGAUCAACAGCUAGCUGAUCAAUUCAACUCGACAAUCCUGUUGUCAUGUUAAUGUGAAGAUACUUAAAUGCGGGAA